AUGUUACAAUACGCCGCUCCAAGCGCUACGCAGACAUUCUCGAAGUCGUCGUCGAUUUUCUCCGAGCCGCCAUCCAAACGAGCCACCUCAGCAUCUCAAUCCUUCGAAAGUCAUCUGACCAGCUACAACACUCCGCGCCCUCCUGCAAACACCUCAAUAACAAAGCACGACGAAAGCCGACGAUCGUUUGGUGGUGUGUCCGACUCAGACGCAUCAACGGCAUUGUCGCAGCUUGCAUCGCUGGCGGCCCAGGCUCCAGCUGCAGCGAUGAACCCUUCCAGCGGCAGCGGUGAUAGUACACGUUCUGGCACCCCAAGCACUCACAACGCUGCCUCCAUGACGGCCACAAACCCCGCGCAAUAUGCCGCGUCAAGCAAUCAGAGCAGUCAAAACGGAGGCCCUCCCGUUUGCCAGAACUGCCAAACAUCCACCACCCCGCUCUGGCGCCGUGACGAGUCUGGUUCCGUUCUUUGCAAUGCUUGCGGUCUAUUUUUAAAGCUACACGGUCGUGCUCGACCAAUCAGCCUCAAGACAGAUGUCAUCAAGAGCAGAAAUCGGGUCAAGACCGCGCAGCCCAAGAAACGGGACAGCAACGGCGAUGGGCUAAUGCAUGCCCCAAAUGGCUUCGCCGCUGCCCAUCCCGACAUGGCCGCCCACCAACACGGUCUUCCGAUGGGUAUGGGAAUGGAGCACAUGCAGAGAGUACCGUCACCCAGCGCUGCCUCGCGCAGCAACACGCCGCAGAUCUACGACAAUAUUCCAGACACCUUCGCAAGCCCAGGACUUUCGGCCUACCAUGUCCGGCAACACAGUCCACCUACAAGCUCUCUGAAUAAUGGCACCACGGGUGGUCAAAUGGAUCAUCGACAUGGCUACGAUGCAACGAUUCAGACGCUCCGGACACGUGUGAGCGAACUGGAAGUCAUCAACGAUCUUUUCCGAGGACGCGUGUCGGAGCUGGAGGCCAGUGAGCAAGAUGCCCGACGAAAUGAGCUUUCCAAAGCCGAGGAGGUCCAAAGACUGUCCAGUGCAUUGGAGGCAGCGAACGCAAAGAUUGCGGAGCUUGAGGCUGAAGGUCCUGCAAGAAAGAAGUCGAAAACAGAGAGCGGUGACAGUACGCCAAUUGUAUGA